GACCUCUUGUGAAACGCCUCUCAAUGGAAGCCAUUGUGUGCUUAACGAAAGCGUCGGCAAAGCUGUCCCUCCGCUCAAUCGUCACUAAAUAUGACGCUCUGAUGGCUAUACUCCUGUACGAAGAGAAUCUGUCGGCCCUUUUCCCUCAUGUCAUGUCUCCUCUGGGCGUUGAACCCGUCUUUCACGUGAGACACGAACACAGGGAUGCCGUCAUCGGUCCUAAUUGCGAUCACUUUAUGACACAAUUUGAGCAGAGAUUAAAUGAAUUCAUUAUUCAGUCGAGACCUAAACGGGACUCCAAUGGCUGGAAUAAAUUGCAAAUGUUUUCGCAAAAUGAAGAAUAA